UCACAGCAGAGCUCCGGUUCUGCUGGGGCCGGUUCGGUUCCAGGUCCGGUUCAGGGAAUCAACAUUUUCACAGCAGGACCCGGUCCAGGCAGGCUUUUUAUGACGGACUGCUGAUUUGAGGUCUUUCAUUCUGGUUUCCAUGGUAACCGCAGUCUGAGACGACUGCAGGAUGGACACAGAGGACAAUCAGCCCGAGGUCGUCUCUCCUGUGAGGAGAAGGUCAAGAGUUCAGCAGCAAGACUCAGUGGAAAGCUCCGUGUCGGUGGAGGAACCGGUUCCCAUUCCUCCGGAUCUGGCCCACCGGAUCAAGCUGCGGGCCAAGGAGCUGAAGAUCCGGCAGAAGGACCGCUCCUGGGCCGCCGAGCUGGUCAACGACUUCAGGGAGAACCUGCUGAGGUUCCUGAAGAACAGCAGCGACCAGCCGCUGUUCCAGUCGGCCGACUUCCUCACCACAGGAAGCUACUUCGAGAAGGUCAAGAUCGACGUCCCUGAUGAGUUCGACAUGAUGCUGAAGCUUCCGGUUCCCUCUCGCUUCAGCACCACCAAGCUGGACGCCGGCCUGUUCUACCGCAUCGACCUGACCCGAACCACGCGCAGCCCCAUCAAGGACUUCCUGCUGGACGACAGACUCACCCUGUCGUCCAGUAAAAUUCUGACGGAGAUGUUCCGGCUCGUCCGCAAGUUCCUGAAGACCUACAGAGUUCUGGAUCAUCGCUGCCGGUGGGAGUUGAACAGGAAGAAGCCCAGCUCUCCCGCCGUCACGCUGUCUCUGUGCCGGAGAGACAGCGGCGGGGAGGAGCUGAUUUCUGUGGACGUCGUUCCAGCUCUGGAGGUCCAGAUCUGGCCCCCUGCGGUGCGAAACGGCCCAGAUGUGGACAGAUGGCUGGGAACGAAGCUUCGGCAGGAAAUCAGGAGCUUACCUUGUUACUUUGUUCCAAAGAGACAGAAAGGACGGAAACUGAGCGAAGACGCCAAAGAAAGCUGGAGGAUUUCUUUCUCUCACAUUGAGAAGAAAAUCAUCACGUCUCACGGCAACAAGAAGACCUGCUGUGAGAGCAGAGGCACCAAAUGCUGCCGCAAACAGUGCCUCAUGCUGUUGAAGUCUCUGAUUGAGGGUCUGAAACGGCGCUAUCCCAAAGAGCUGAAGGACCUGUGCUCGUACCACGGCAAGACGGCCUUCCUGCACACGCUGUCCACCCGGUAUGAUGAUUCCUCCUGGGCUCCUCAGCAGCUUCCCACCUGCUUCCUGCAGCUGGUGGCUGCGCUACAGGACCACGCCCGCACAGGCUCGCUCCCUCACUUCUUCGUUCAUGAGAGCAACCUCUUUGCGACGUCCAUGUUUCCUCGCAGAGCUCAGGAGUUCCUAGUCAAAGUCCUGGAGGAACAGAUGAAGGAAGGUCUGCCGCUGCUGAGGCCUCCGCCUCUUCUUCCUUCUCUGAAAAUCGUCACUAUCGGAUCCGAAAUGAACCCAGAAGAACUUCCUGAAAAAUCCCACCCUCUGAUUUCUUCUGAUUGGCUGAAGCUCAUCCUGGUGUUUGUUGUAGCGGUGGCCUUUGGCUUUAAGUUCCUCUGUUUUUAACUAGGCCACUGUUGUCCAAAGUCAGUCAUCAAGGGUCGCCAUGCUGGUUCAACACACCUGAAUCUAACGACGGUUCAUCAGCUGAACUUUGUGAUGCUCUCAUUUCAAUCAGCUGUGUUGAAGCACAAAAAACAGAAAAUUAGCUGCAUCUCCAUUAAUCAUAAAAUUGAGCAAAUUAGAAUUACAAAAAUGAAUUUUUUUAAUGGCAACAUGUUAAUUUUGAAAAACCUGAAAUGGGUUUUUGGUUGAUUCCUCACCUCAACUAAGUAUUUAAAUUUUUAUAUUUCACAACACUGUAGUUGAAAUGUUUUGAUCACACGAGUCACAUGAUCAACAACAGGAUGUUACUACUGGCGGAAACAACAAAGAAGAUAACAGGAAGUAGUGGGAGGAUGACCUUGUAAUACAUUCUUUUGUGAAUACAAUUCUUCACGUGAUUUUAAAGGUGUUUCUUAUUUAGUGGAAACACCGCAAUUGAGAAAUAUCAAAAAGGUUUUAAUCACAUUUUUAAUGGAAAUGCAGCUAGUGGCAGCGGCCCUUGAGGACUGGAGCUGGACACCCAAAACAUGAACUAGGCCAAAACAUGGGUGAAAUAAUAGAAAUCAAGCAGAAAUACAGAAAAAUAAUUUUUUCAAAAUGUUAGUUUCAGUUUCUUAAAUUUCUGUGUAUUUUAGUAAUUUAUUGGAUAUAAUAUUAUGACUAUUGACAGGACAGAUGAAAAGGUUUUCCUCAAAGUUGAUGUUACAGGACAAACAGGGAAGCUUGAGGAUUUGAAUGAGUUACUGAUUAGUUGGGUUGCCAUUUUUGGUCAUAAUGUUAUGCCUGAUUCUUGUAUCCAUUGCAACAUUUCAGAUCUCAGCAGAUCUUAAUGUGUGUUUUUCAUUUUUUUAAAGGAAGCAGGAAGAAGAAGUGGCUUAGCUUCUUCUUCGUAGCCCCAAGUUUACAUACAAUUUCUUAACCAAAAUGGUAAUCCUGUAUAUGCAUAAACAUGCACAUAUUCAUGUGUUCAUAGACACUAAUUAAUGAAUGAAUCCACUAUCAGUUAGUAAGUUAUUCUAUUUUUAUUUUAAAACUUCCAAGCAACGUAAAUUUGCUUUUGGAUAAUUUCAUUGCUUAAGUUGAUACAUUUAUUUCUGACAACCUCCUAAAGCUGCUUUAAAUCCUGAUCAGAACAAAGAGCAGUUGGAUCAUCUGCAAAAAUAAAAAUCAAAAGGUUUUUUUGGGACUGAUAUGCGUAAUAAAGUUUGUAUCAGAAAAUAUUUUAAUAAUAUGUUCAUAUUUAAUUCAGAGCAGCAUGUUAUUAAAUAAAGCUUCUUUGGGAAACAAACAUAUGUAUCCUUUUCUAAAAAUGAAAUCUUAAAUAUUUCUCAGGUUGUAGCAAAAUUCUUGCUGCCUUGCUGCUGAAAUGUGCUAUACAAAUAAAAUUUGAUUGAUUGAAUAUA